GAGAUAUUUGACUGCAAGCCAAAGAUAUGGACUGGAAGACCUUCCAAGCCCUCCUCAGUGGGGUGAACAAAUACUCCACUGCGUUUGGGCGUAUAUGGCUCUCAGUGGUCUUCGUGUUCAGGGUGAUGGUGUACGUUGUGGCAGCAGAGCGAGUGUGGGGCGAUGAACAGAAAGACUUUGAUUGUAACACCAAGCAGCCCGGCUGCGCCAACGUCUGCUACGACCACUACUUCCCCAUUUCCCACAUCCGCCUGUGGGCUCUGCAGCUUAUCUUCAUCACCUGUCCGUCCUUCAUGGUGGUCAUGCAUGUGGCGUACCGUGAUGACCGUGAGCGCAGGCACAGGGCCAAGCAUGGUGACGAUGCUAAGCUGUACAACAACACUGGCAAGAAACAUGGCGGCUUGUGGUGGACCUACCUGAUCAGCUUAUUUGUGAAGACGGCCAUUGAGGCUGCCUUCCUUUACAUCCUUCACAGAGUGUACAAAAGCUUCUACCUGCCAAGAGUGGUCAAGUGUGAGGUGGUGCCUUGCCCCAACGUAGUGGACUGCUACGUCGGCCACCCCACCGAGAAGAAAGUGUUCACCUACUUCAUGGUCGGAGCCUCAGCCCUCUGCAUUGUCCUCAACAUCUGUGAGAUCAUUUAUCUCAUCUCCAAAAGAAUUGUACGAAUCACAAACAAGUUUAAGAGGCGCAAUCGCGACAGGGCUGUGCAUCAUGACAACUACACAGACGAUCCGUUCAAUAACUGCAGCAUGCCUAUGACAAGGCUGGAAGUAAUAGAUAAGAAGGAUAGACCUCCAUCCUUCAAGACUGCAAACAAGUCUGCACACAGAGUAUCCACUCUCAGACUUGAGAAGAAGAUACGGGCCUCUGCCCCUAAUCUUUCCACUGCUUCCUGAUCAAAACUAAAGCAGAAAUAAGAAAAUAAAGAUCAAAAGAUCAGCAGUGCUUGGGCUAGAACCCAAUUGCUGACCUCAGAAAACAGACGGACUCAGGACUGUGAGCCAAACUACAGUAUGUG